AGGUCUUUACCCAUUUACUAACCACCUUACGUUUCUCACGUGUACCUCUUAAUUUGUGUAAGGAUUAUUAAGACUGCAACAGUUUCAAAAGAGAAGUGCAGUUGGUGUAUCCUUGUGGGUGGGAGUCCGGAUAGAGUUAAGAAUUACCCGUGUGAGUGCAGGGCACCUGAGCGGAAGGAGACGCGUUGCUGUGUGCGUGCUGGUAGUUGGACAGUCCGGCAGAGUUUGUGGUACCAGCAGUUUGUGGCGAAUGCCAAAGGUGGUAGGAUUAACUGGAAGAGCAGAUACGACUUACAAAAGCACUUUCUUUUACAAGGAGUUAUCGCCAUUGUCAUACAAGAUAAAUUAAGGAUAUUAUUCAAGUGCAUUUCAGUCCACUGAAUGAAGUUGGAUGUAUGUUAACUGGAACUGAAAGUUUUUUUGUAUUUAACGGCACAGGAAUGCUACGUCCGUGGGUGCACUUAUUACUUGUCACUUCACUGCCUAUUGUAACGCGAGGGUUGCGGUGUUUUCAGUCUGCUGAAUUUUGCCUGAAUGGUGGAAGAUGUCAAGCUGUAACCGAGAGAAGUACGAAAUGUGUGUGUAGUAGUGGAUAUGUUGGUGAACGUUGCCAGUUUCCUGACCCUUGCCUUAGCUCUCCAUGUAAGAAUGGUGGAACAUGUCGCCCUACUGUCCAUGGCAACACUGUUGGCUACACCUGUGAAUGUCGCUUGGCCUUCACUGACAACCUGUGCUUGACACCUACUGAUAAUGCCUGCGUCAACAACCCGUGCCGAAAUGGAGGAACCUGUGAACUUGCAUCAAGCCUAACUGAAUUUAAAUGUAGAUGUCCUCCAGGAUGGUCAGGUAAGACGUGUCACCAGGCUGAUCCUUGUGCAUCUAAUCCCUGUGCCAAUAGUGGUACAUGUGUUCCCUUUGAUGCACACUACAUCUGCAAGUGUAUGUUAGGAUUUAUGGGUGCAACAUGCAAACAGGACAUAAAUGAGUGUAAUCAACAGCCAUGCAAGAAUGGUGGAAGUUGCAUUAAUGAGUUUGGAUCGUAUAAAUGCACAUGCCAAAAGGAAUAUACUGGCCAGAAUUGUGAAAACAUUUAUGUGCCGUGUAACCCUUCCGAGUGUCAGAAUGGAGGGACUUGCCGACAGACGGGAGACACCACGUAUGACUGUACCUGCCUUCCAGGUUUCUCAGGGAAGAAUUGCGAGGAGAAUAUUGACGAUUGUCCAGGUCACAGUUGCAGAAAUGGAGGAAUCUGUGUUGAUGGAGUGAACACCUAUAACUGUCGAUGCCCCCCAGCGUGGACAGGCCAGUUUUGUACCGAGGAUGUUGAUGAAUGCCAGCUCAUGCCCAAUGCCUGCCAGAAUGGAGGCACUUGCCAUAAUAGUGUGGGUGGUUACAACUGCGUUUGUGUCAAUGGCUGGACAGGAGAGGACUGCAGUGAGAAUAUUGACGAUUGUGCAAAUGCUGCUUGUUAUGCUGGUGCCACAUGCCAUGACCGGGUAGCGUCCUUCUUCUGUGAGUGCCCACAUGGCAAGACGGGGCUGUUGUGCCAUUUGGAUGAUGCGUGCAUUAGCAAUCCCUGCAAUGAAGGAUCAAACUGUGACACAAACCCUGUGAAUGGAAAGGCGAUCUGCACUUGCCCGCCAGGUUAUACUGGCCCAUCUUGCAACCUAGAUGUGGAUGAGUGCUCUUUAGGUGCCAACCCUUGUGAGCAUGCCGGCAGGUGCAGGAAUAACCUUGGAUCUUUUCAGUGCCUCUGCCAACAGGGAUAUGCAGGUCCUCGCUGUGAAAUGGAUGUGAAUGAGUGCCUUUCUAAUCCAUGCCAAAAUGAUGCCACAUGUCUUGACCAAAUUGGAGAGUUCCAGUGCAUUUGUAUGCCAGGCUAUGGUGGUAAUUUCUGUGAGACGAACAUAAAUGAGUGUGCGAGCUCUCCUUGUUUGAACAAUGGAAUUUGCGUUGAUAAAAUCAAUGAAUUUCUCUGCAAGUGCCCCACAGGUUUCACUGGGCCUUUGUGUCAGUACGACAUAGAUGAGUGUGCCAGCACGCCAUGUAAGAAUGGAGCAAAGUGUCUUGAUGGCCCUAACAAAUACACAUGUGAAUGUGCUGAAGGUUUCACAGGAACCCACUGUGAGACGGACAUUGAUGAAUGCAUCCCAGAUCCCUGUCAUUAUGGUACCUGUAAAGAUGGCAUUGCAACAUAUACCUGCAUCUGUGAUCCAGGCUACAUUGGGCCCCAUUGCCAGACCAACAUUAAUGAGUGCCAGAGCCAGCCGUGCCAGAAUGGUGGCACAUGCAAUGACCAAGUUAAUGGGUACAGUUGCGGCUGCCUAAAAGGUACCACGGGUGUUAACUGUGAAGUAAAUAUAGAUGACUGCAUCAGUAAGCCAUGUGACUAUGGCAAGUGCGUGGACAAAAUUAAUGGCUAUGAUUGUGUCUGUGAGCCAGGAUAUACUGGAAUAAUGUGCAACAUCAACAUCGAUGAGUGUGCUUCUAAUCCUUGCCGCAAUGGUGGAACAUGCAGAGAUAACAUCAACAGCUUCAUCUGUGUAUGCCCAGAAGGAUAUCAUGGUGCUAUGUGUUCCUCUGAAGUAAAUGAGUGUAACAGCAAUCCUUGUAUUCAUGGGGAGUGCCACGAUGGAGUCAACGGGUACAAGUGUGUUUGUGACCUUGGAUGGAGUGGUACAAACUGUGACAUUAACAAUAACGAAUGUGAAUCGAACCCCUGCAUGAAUGGUGGCGUUUGUAAAGAUAUGACCGCUGGCUACAGCUGUACCUGUCAGGAGGGCUUCAGUGGACCUAACUGCCAGACUAAUAUUAAUGAGUGUGCCUCGAAUCCAUGCCUAAACCAAGGAACCUGCAUAGAUGAUGUUGCUGGGUACAAGUGUAACUGCCUUUUGCCCUAUACAGGUGCGAACUGUGAGGUGAUACUGGCCCCAUGUGCCGAUAACCCAUGUAAAAAUGAUGGCAAAUGCAGAGAGUCAGAAGAUUAUGAGAGCUUUUCAUGCUUAUGUCCUGAAGGAUGGCAAGGGCAAACCUGUGAGAUUGAUGUCAAUGAGUGCGUUAAGAACCCUUGUCGAAACAAUGCUGUGUGUCAAAACUUGAACGGAAGCUACAGGUGUGAUUGUAAAGCUGGGUACACAGGACGGAACUGUGAAACUGACAUCGAUGACUGCCAGCCAAAUCCGUGUCAUAAUGGAGGUUCUUGCACUGAUAGCAUUGACGACUUUUUUUGUGCCUGCCUUGCUGGAUUCCGAGGCCCCAAAUGUGAGGAAGAUAUUAAUGAGUGUGCCAGCAACCCUUGCAAAAAUGGAGCCAACUGUACUGAUUGUGUCAACAGCUACACAUGCACUUGUCCUGCUGGGUUUAGUGGCAUCCACUGUGAAAACAACACACCAGACUGCACAGAGAGUUCCUGUUUUAAUGGUGGUACAUGUGUGGAUGGCAUUAACACCUUCACCUGUAUAUGCUUGCCGGGAUUUACUGGAAGCUACUGCCAGCAUGAUAUCAACGAGUGUGAUUCUAGGCCAUGUCUUAAUGGAGGCACCUGCCAGGACAGCUACGGAACAUACAAGUGUACAUGUGUUCAGGGAUACACAGGAAUUAAUUGCCAGAAUCUUGUGCGCUGGUGUGAUUCUUCACCCUGUAAGAAUGGCGGGACCUGUUGGCAGACUGGUAUCUCGUACCGCUGUGAGUGCAAAAGUGGAUGGACGGGCCUUUAUUGUGAUGUUCCAAGUGUUUCCUGUGAAGUGGCAGCCAAACAGCAAGGUGUUGAUGUCGCACAUUUGUGCAGGAACUCUGGCCUUUGUGUUGACAGAGGAAAUACCCAUUACUGUCAGUGCCAAGCGGGGUAUAAAGGCAGCUAUUGUGAAGAACAAGUGGAUGAGUGCUCUCCAAAUCCCUGUCAGAAUGGAGCCACGUGUACUGACUACCUUGGAGGUUAUUCAUGUGAGUGUGUUCCAGGCUACCAUGGGAUUAAUUGCUCCGAGGAAAUCAAUGAGUGUUUGUCCCAGCCAUGUCAGAAUGGCGGAACCUGUAUCGAUCUGAUCAAUACCUACAAGUGUUCCUGCCCCCGUGGAACCCAGGGUGUGCACUGUGAAAUUAAUGUGGAUGACUGUAGUCCAUUCUUUGAUUUGGUUACCUUGGAACCGAAGUGUUUCAACAAUGGCAAAUGCAUGGAUAAAGUAGGUGGCUACAUUUGUGACUGUCCUCCAGGCUUUGUUGGGGAGCGAUGUGAAGGUGAUGUAAACGAAUGCCUUUCAAAUCCAUGUGAGUCACGUGGAACCCAGAACUGCAUCCAGCUUAUUAACAAUUAUCAGUGUGAAUGCAGGCCUGGUUACACAGGUCGCCGAUGUGAUACCAUAUUUGAUGGAUGCAAAGGAAAUCCAUGUAAGAACGGAGGGACUUGCGCUGUAGCCAGUAAUACCCUGCAUGGCUUCAUUUGCAAAUGUCUUCCUGGCUUUGAUGGUGCAUCAUGUGAGUAUGAUUCACGCACAUGUGGAAGUCUAUAUUGCCGUCAUGGUGGAACCUGCAUCUCGGGCCCAAAGAGUGCCAAGUGUCUGUGCCCAGCUGCUUUUACUGGCUUGGAGUGUCAAUACCCUACUAACAGCCCAUGCAACUCAAAUCCUUGUUACAAUGGAGGAACCUGCGAGUAUGCAUCUGAGCCCCCUUAUUUCCACUGCAAUUGUCCCACCAACUUCAAUGGUCUGCGAUGUCAUAUAUUGGACUACAUGUUUCCUGGAGGUGAGGGUCGUGAUAUCACCCCCCCUGUAAUUGAGGAAAAAUGUGAGAUACCUGAGUGCGCUGAACGCGCAGGAAACAAGAUCUGUGACGGACAGUGUAACAAUCAUGCCUGUGACUGGGAUGGAGGUGACUGCUCCCUAAAUUUCAAUGCACCCUGGAAGAACUGUACCCAGUCUCUGCAGUGUUGGAAAUAUUUCAGCGAUGGAAAGUGCGAUGACCAGUGCGACAAUGCAGGAUGCCUGUAUGAUGGAUUCGACUGUCAGAAUUUGGAUGGUCAGUGCAACCCCUUGUAUGACCAGUACUGCAAAGACCAUUUUGCAGAUGGCCACUGUGACCAGGGGUGUAACAAUGCAGAGUGUGAAUGGGAUGGGCUGGACUGUGCCAAAAACUUGCCAGAGAAACUUGCUGAAGGUACUUUGGUGGUGGUGGUUCUUCUGCCCCCUGAGCAGCUGAAAAAUAGUUCUGUUGACUUCUUGCGUGAGCUGAGCCGGAUCCUACAUACAAACGUCGUGUUUAAGAAGGAUGCUAAUGGAGAAAACUUAGUCAUUCCCUACUAUGGCAAUGAAGAGGAGCUGAGGAAGCAUCAUAUCAAGAGGUCUGCAGAAAGCUGGUCUGAUAUCCCCAGUGCUGUCUUUGACAGAAUGAAGAAGUCUAUGUACCGAGCUGUCCAUUCAAGGAAAAGGAGAGAGCUUGAUCACAUGGAAAUCAAGGGGUCCAUUGUUUAUCUGGAGAUUGAUAACCGCCAGUGUUAUGUGUCCUCCUCUGAGUGCUUCCAAAGUGCGACUGAUGUUGCUGCCUUUCUUGGUGCCCUGGCAACUGGGGGAAACCUGGAUAUCCCCUACAAGAUUGAAGCUGUUAAAAGUGAAAAUGUUCCAGAAUCACCAGAGCCCCGGUUAUACCCAAUGUAUGUGGUGGUGGCUGCUCUUGCUUUUCUUGCCUGCAUAGGGGUUGGUGUUCUUGUGUCUCGGAAGCGGCGCAGGGAACAUGGACAGCUGUGGUUCCCAGAGGGAUUUAAAGUGACAGAGUCAAGCAAGAAGAAGCGCCGUGAGCCUGUAGGGGAAGACUCUGUUGGACUCAAACCACUAAAGAAUGCCAGUGAUGGAGCUUUGAUGGACGAUAACCAGAAUGAGUGGGGUGAUGAAGAGAUAGACACCAAGCGAUUUAGGUUUGAAGAGCAGAUAAUGCUGCCAGACUUGGAUGAUCAGACUGACCAUAGGCAAUGGACUCAGCAACACCUGGAUGCAGCAGACCUACGUAUUCCAUCCAUGGCUCCAACUCCACCACAGGGAGAAAUUGAUGCAGAUUGUAUGGAUGUCAACGUGCGUGGCCCUGAUGGAUUUACACCACUCAUGAUUGCAUCAUGUAGUGGAGGGGGUUUGGAGACCGGAACCAGUGAAGAAGAGGAGGAUGCGUCAGCUAAUGUUAUUUCAGAUUUCAUUUAUCAAGGUGCCAACCUCCAUAACCAGACUGAUCGAACUGGUGAAACUGCCCUGCACCUCGCUGCAAGGUACGCUCGCUCUGAUGCUGCUAAGCGCCUGCUGGAAGCAAGUGCAGAUGCAAAUAUCCAAGACAACAUGGGACGGACACCCCUGCAUGCAGCUGUGGCCGCUGAUGCUCAAGGUGUUUUCCAGAUUUUGAUCAGGAACAGAGCAACAGAUUUGGAUGCAAGAAUGCAUGAUGGGACAACUCCACUGAUUUUAGCUGCACGGCUUGCUGUUGAAGGCAUGGUAGAGGAGCUUAUCAAUUGCCACGCAGAUGUCAACGCAGUGGAUGACUUUGGCAAGUCUGCACUACACUGGGCAGCAGCUGUGAAUAAUAUUGAUGCAGCCAUUGUUCUACUAAAAAAUGGUGCCAACAAAGACAUGCAGGACAACAAGGAAGAGACACCUUUAUUCCUUGCAGCUAGAGAAGGAAGUUAUGAAACUUGUAAAGUUCUUCUAGAUCAUUUUGCCAACCGGGAGAUUACUGACCAUAUGGAUAGACUCCCACGUGACAUAGCUCAAGACCGCAUGCACCAUGACAUUGUGCGUCUUCUAGAUGAAUAUAAUAUAGUAGGAAGCCCAGCUCUGCAUAAUGGUCCAAUGGGAGGACCAACAUUGUCACCAUCUGUGUGCUCACCCAGUAGCUAUAUUGGAGGUCUGAAGCCUGUACCACAGGCAAAGAAGGCAAGAAAACCAAGUACAAAAGGUCUUAAUUGCAGUAGCAAGGAUUCAAAAGAUCUCAAGGCAAGAAGAAAAAAGUCUCAGGAUGGGAAAGCUGGGCUUCUCGAUAGUUCUUCACUGUCACCUGUGGAUUCCCUUGAAUCACCACAUGGCUGCUAUAUGUCUGAUGUUGCUUCUCCUCCCUUGAUGAACUCCCCAUUCCAGCAGUCACCCCCCAUGCCUCUUAACCAUAUGCAGAGUAUGCCAGAUGCACAUGUGAAUGUAAGCCAUCUUAAUCUGUCUGGAAAGCAAGACUUGUCUUUGGGAGCAGCUAAUAGAUUGCCUUUUGAGUCAGUGCCUCCCCGUCUGUCUCAUCUUUCUGUCUCUAGCCCCAAUGGCUCAGUCAUGAGCAAUGGAGCCAUGAGUUUCACCAUAGGUGGAUCUGCUGGUAUGAAUGGACAGUGUGACUGGCUAGCUAGGAUGCAAAAUGGGCUGGUACAGAACCAGUAUAAUUCGGUAAGAAAUAAUGUGCAAUCUGGUGCUCACCCACAAAGCCAAGCCCUUCAGCAUUCCCUUAUACCUUCUCUUCAUAAUGGACUGCCCUCCGCAACUUUGUCUCAGAUGAUGAGCUACCAGGGCAUGCCUAACACACGGCUGACCACACAGUCUCACAUCAUUCAAGCACAGCAGUUACAGCAGCAAAACCUUCAUAAGCAGAUCCAGCAGCAGCAGAAUAUUCAACAACAGCUACAGCAGCAGCAGCAUAAUGCCAGUUCAAACAGUGGUGGCCACCUUAGCCAGCGUUUUACCGGCAAUGAUCUUAACCAGUCGGAUAUGCAGCAGAUCUCCAUCUUGCCUCAAGAGACCCAGAUUAUUUCAGUGUCAUUACCUUCUUCCCUUAGUCAGCCUAUAGCUACAACACAGUUUUUGACUCCUCCCUCUCAACAUAGCUACCCCUCCCCUUUGGACAAUACCCCCAACCACCAGCUUCAGGUGCCAGAUCACCCUUUCUUAACACCAUCGCCUGAGUCACCUGAUCAGUGGUCAAGUUCAUCACCACAUUCUAAUAUGUCUGAUUGGUCAGAAGGUGUUUCCAGCCCUCCUACAAGCAUGGCAUCACAACAGAUGGGGCAUAUUCCUGAACAGUUUAAGUAAAAAAAAAAUAUAUA